UCUCCUCUUUCUUUCGUUUACGGUGGGCUGCACCCAGCACGCACAGUCGCCCUUGACGAUCCCCCCCUCUUCUCUUCAGCAAUUCUCUUCUUUCUCGCCGCCGCCACCGCCGCCAGCCACGCCGCCUCUUCCUCAGUAAUCCAUUUCCUUCUCUCCGAAAAGCCUGUACCUUGUAGAACUCACUAAACAAUGGGUGAUUAUCACUUUGUGUACAAGGAUGUUGAAGGAGCCUCCACUCAAUGGGAUGAUAUUCAGGCAAAGUUGGGAAACCUACCUCCAAAGCCUGCUCCAUUCAAGCCACCAGCCUUCACGCCUGCCCAAGAUGAGGCAUCCGUCUCCAAAGACAAGUCUUGGAUUGACCAGAAGACUGAAGAGGAGCUUGAAGACCUUGAGGAUGAUCUAGAUCUUGAUGAUGACAACUUUCUCCAAGAGUAUAGGAAAAAGAGGUUGGUGGAGAUUAGAGAAGCAGCUAAAAUCUCUAAAUUUGGAUCAGUAAAUCCAAUAUCAGGGUCAGAUUUUGUGCGUGAGGUUUCACAGGCUCCAUCUGAUGUUUGGGUUGUUGUUAUUCUCUACAAAGAAGGAAUUCAAGAAUGCGAUGUGUUGAUGAAUUGCUUGCAAGAACUGGCCACAAGAUAUCCAGCCACAAAAUUUGUUAAAAUAAUAUCCACAGAUUGCAUUCCCAACUACCCAGAUUGUAAUCUUCCUACUUUGUUAGUUUACAACAAUGGUGCAGUGAAAGCAAACUACGUGGGCCUUCGAAGUUUUGGCAGAAGAUGCACGCCAGAAGGUGUUGCAUUAGUUCUUUGUCAAGCAGAUCCAGUGCUCAACGAUGGUCAGUCUGGAAACGAUGAAUCGAGAAAAUCCAUGCUCGAAGGCGUACGCAGAAAGAUAAUCGAGAAAGUGGUGAGAGAUCAUGAAGAUGGGAUUGACGAUGGGUCUUCAAGUGAUUAGUUUUUUAAUCGAUCGGGUUCUUCUUUUCUAACGCCCUCUGUUUUAGUUGCUGGAGAUUGAAAAGUACUGUUUGGUUAAUUGCUCAUUUUAUCGAAUGUUUUAUUAUAUAAUGUAUGCUUAUGUGAUGUGUGCUGCUAUGUGGAUGUUAGACUCAUCAGAUAUUCAAAUUGCAUCAAAUCUAAGCCUAAAAUGAAGCCAAUUGAAUUA